UGACAGCACAAAGGAGUCGGCCAUUUUAUUGCUGGCUUGAUGAAGCUGUGGCAUUUCGCCCAGUUUAGUUUUGUUGAAUAAAUUGAGCUAUUUUUUUCUAAAUAUCUGUUUUAAACAUCGUACAAAUCUGUAUACGUACUUAGUGUAAGUUUUAAAAAGUGUUUAUGUAUUGAGGUGUCGAGAAAAUGGAUGAUCCGAACAGGAUGAUGGCGCAUAGCGGUGGGUUGAUGGGACCGCAGGGCUAUGGAUUGCCAGGAGGCGAGGGUGCUCCGGCAGCGGGCGAGGGUGAAGCUCGCAAGCAGGACAUUGGAGAGAUAUUGCAGCAAAUCAUGAACAUUACGGACCAGAGUCUUGAUGAAGCGCAAGCGAGAAAACACACAUUGAAUUGUCACAGGAUGAAACCUGCCCUAUUUUCAGUAUUGUGUGAGAUCAAAGAAAAAACUGUCCUGUCACUCCGCAACACGCAAGAGGAGGAGCCCCCAGACCCGCAGCUGAUGCGGCUGGACAACAUGCUGAUCGCGGAGGGAGUCGCGGGCCCCGAGAAGGGCGGAGGCGCGGGAGCAGCCGCCUCCGCCUCCGCUGCCGCUGGCGAGUGGGGCACUGUGGCCCAAGCAGAUAACGCGAUCGAGCACUCGGACUACCGCGCGAAGCUCGCGCAGAUCCGCCAGAUCUACCAUCAGGAACUGGACAAGUACGAGAACGCGUGCAACGAGUUCACCACGCACGUCAUGAACCUGCUACGCGAGCAGAGCCGCACGCGCCCCAUCACGCCCAAGGAAAUAGAACGCAUGGUGCAGAUCAUCCACAAGAAGUUCAGCUCCAUCCAGAUGCAGCUGAAGCAGUCCACGUGCGAGGCCGUCAUGAUCCUGCGCUCGCGUUUCCUGGACGCGCGCAGAAAGCGGCGCAACUUCAGCAAGCAGGCCUCCGAGAUCCUCAACGAGUACUUCUACUCGCACCUGUCCAACCCCUACCCCAGCGAGGAGGCCAAGGAGGAGCUGGCACGCAAGUGCGGCAUCACGGUGUCCCAGGUGUCCAAUUGGUUCGGCAACAAGCGCAUCCGCUACAAGAAGAACAUCGGCAAGGCUCAAGAGGAGGCGAACCUGUACGCCGCGAAGAAAGCCGCCGACUUGCCUUGGGUUGGCGCGGGCAGGCGAGACGCUAGCUCCCCCCCACCCAGAGCCACUUCAUAUUACACAGCAGGCGCGUCGCCGUACUCGAUGGGCGCCGCUUCGGGCACGGCCACGCCGAUGAUGUCGCCGGCGCCCACGCAGGACUCCAUGGGCUACUCGCUGCCGGCGCCCGGCUACGACCAGCCGCAGCCCGGCUACGACGGCUCCAUGGGCUACGACCACAUGCACCAAGACCUCUCGCCGUAGGCGCCUGGCCCCCGCACCUGAGGUUACGGGCACGACGAAACGAUUGUGCAGCUUCCACUGAAUUGCCAUUUACAUUAACGUACUAUAUUCGGCCCUCGCGGCCUCCUAUUGCCUUAGGACAUAGGACUACGUAUACUAUUACGGUUACUACCCUAGACUACACAUUCUAGCGAACGUAUUUUUGGAAGGAUAUGUAAUUGAAAUGUAUUUUAUUUGUAUUAUUGAUCAAUCUAUAUGACUGUACCCAGUAUUUGUUUUAAUCGUUCUUAUUUGAUGUUUUAAUUUUUAUAUACAUGCAUAGUUGUAAUUAUAUUUUCGGCGAGACUUGUUUUCUUAAAAGCGGCAGUUAUUUAAAGUAUUAUAAUUUUAUUCGAGCCAGUGAAUCAUGAAUUAAUUUUAUAUUUUCUAAAGUUAUUAUUCGGGCAGUAUUAGUUAUUUAUAAAAAGCAUCACAUCGAUUGGCGGGGAUCUCGUGUUUCUAAACGUUCACUAAUUAAUCGUCUCUACUCUAUGGUGGAUAUAGUUAUACGAUAGAUGUAAGCUAUACUAGUGUAAUAAUUAACUUUAAGUAUUCAGAUAUUUUGUGCUAACUAGUGUCCUGUGGACGCGUCCGCCUGUCGCCUCUGCACGCGGCCAUCGGCCUUUAGCAAUAAGAAUCUUGUCAGACUAGGUAACUUAAAAAUGUUGAAUUAUAAAAUGGCACAAAUUGAGACACAAAAAUAUGUCAAUAUGAAUUAACCCUUUCACUGCUUUAGGUCGGAUGAUCUUGGUCAUCCAAUGUCAUAUUGAUGAUAUUCCAGUGUUGCUAGUUUU